GAGAGGAGGCGCUUGCGUAGAGGCAUCCUGUUUAGGAGCGCAGACCGUGUUUCAGCCGAACCGAUCCAACAGCUGGUUGUCACUGUUACUGCUUUACUAAAUGGAUAACCAGGCAUUUGAAAUGCAUGGAGAGAGCAUACAAAGUUCCUCAAAAGGACAGGAGUGGCCAAAGAAAGAGGAAAGAAGGGGCAGCUGGUCCCUAAUGAAAGUCUUUCUAGUUUGUCUACUGGCCUGUGUUAUCACCACCGCAAUAGGAGUGCUGGUCUUGUCCUUGGUCUAUGUGAACAACACUGCCUUUAUGAAAGGGACGGGUGUUACAGACGAUGGUACAUCUUCCCCAAAACCAGAUGAAAAAGGUGUGGAUAGCAAAUUCCAGUUCCUGAAUCAUCUGGGGAAAUCAAAGGUAUAUAGCUACGCAGGGGGUGAAAUUCAGUGGGCGAGAUACAGGAAGGAUGUAAAUGACUAUCUAAGUGACGAAGAAAUGGAAUUUGGAAAAAGUAUCAACAACCAUCGCUCCAAAAUGACUUUCGGAACCUUACGGAUCAAGAGCAAAGGUCUUCGGGCUCCCCACUGGCAUUUUAAUGCCAAUGAACACGGCUACCUGCUCCAGGGUACUGCCUGGAUUGGAGUAAUAGGCGCAGAUGACAGUGUGGUUACCACAUACAAUGUCACGGCCGGGCAAGUGAUCUUCUUCCCUAGAAACACUGUGCAUUGGAUAAAGAAUGUAGGAUCAGAAGACUGUGUGUUCUUGCUGUUUUUUACAACGCAUGAGGAACUUCAGACCUUGGAUGUAGAUGACGCAUUUUUCUCUACCCCAGAGGAUAUAGCAGCUAGAGCACUGAAGCCAAAAGGCGGAGUUAACUUCAUCAGAACAUUCAAGAAACAAGCAGAAGAUCAAGCAGUCAACCUCCCGCCAAACUUAGAUGAGCUUGUACAAAAUGCCACCUAUGUGCAGUCUCCGGACAACCUUGUAUGGAAGUACUUCUACAAUCUCAAAGGGUCAAGAGAAUAUCAUUUUCCAGGAGGGGUCUUCCAGUGGGCUCGCUACCGCGCAAAUGGCACUGGACUAAAUGAAACCGAAAAAAUUUUUAGUGAGUCGCUGCACAAGCAUGAAAAUACCCUUACCUUAGCAACUCUCCGGAUAGUCAGCAAUGGACUGGGGCAGCCUCAUUUCCACUUCAACGCUAACGAGAUGGGUUAUGUCAUGAGCGGCUGUGGACAGGCUGGAGUUAUUCUCUCAUCUGGAGUCACCUUCAACUUCAACAUUGCCAUCGGAGACGUCAUAUUUUUCCCUGUUGGAACCCAACAUUAUAUCAAAAGCUUAUGUGAUGAGGAUUUGCUUUUGAUUCUAGCCUACAGUACAGGAAACGAGCUGGAAACUCUUCGUAUGAAUGGCUACUUCCAUGGAACAGCAGAUCAUAUACUUGCUCAGCUUUUUUCCAAGGAACAGUCUGAGUUUAAGAAGUUCCAAAAGGCUGCCAAAAAUUAGGGAAAAACACUCCUCCGAGCAGUUAACGGCUCCAAGAGUUUUUCACGAUCACCAUGUUUCUAGCAGGACUUCUUGGUACCUUUCUCACUAUUUAUCCAGAGGAGAUGUUCAGAAAAAAGAAGAACAUGGGGCUGUUCAUUGUAAAAAUUUCUUUUCUUUUUUGUAUUUUACCAUGUUUUAUUUAUCGUACAAUGUAUUUUGAUUGUAAAUUAAAGUAAUUUCCGCCAUUA